GGAUAACCCACCCGAAUGAACGUCGUCAUAAAGGAGAUCAAGCCGGCUUGACCGAAGCCUCGUGUUCUCAGAUCCAUCUAUCGGUAACCUAGAUCAGCCAGCAGCAGCAGCAGCUUAUUCGCCAUGGCUAUGGCGAUCAAGCUUUCUCUGAUUCUUCUCCUCUGCCUAUCCUCCUUAUUAGCACCUUCCUUCUCUCUCUUCGAAGAUCAAGUCGGACUCAUGGACUGGCAUCAACGCUACAUAGGCAAAGUAAAACAUGCAGUAUUCCACACGCAAAAGGCAGGCCGGAAACGUGUUCUGGUGUCAACUGAAGAGAAUGUUAUUGCAUCUCUUGAUCUCCGUCGAGGCGAGAUUUUUUGGAGGCAUGUUUUGGGACCCAAUGAUGUUGUUGACAAAAUUGAUAUCGCCCUUGGGAAAUAUGUUAUUACACUAUCAUCAGAGGGGAGCAUAUUAAGAGCUUGGAACCUUCCUGACGGUCAGAUGGUGUGGGAGUCUUUUCUGUCUGGGUCAAAGUAUUCCAAGGCAUUAUUAACCGUUCCUUCGAAUUUGAAGGUGGAUCUGGACAGUCCAAUUUUCGUUUACAGUGGUGGAUGUCUUCAUGCCAUUUCCAGCAUUGAUGGGGAGUAUCUUUGGAAGAAGGACUUCGCAAUCGAAAGUAGCGUUGAUGUUCAUCAGUUGAUUCUUUCUGGCGGGAGUGAUGUAGUUCAUGCUGUAGGAGUUACGGAUUCAUCUCAGUUCGAUACCUACGAGAUCGAUGUUAAGAAUGGAGGCUUAUUGAAACAUACAAGUGCAUCGUUUCCCGGUGGCGUUUACGGGGAAAUCUUGCCAGUUUCGGGUGACAGAUUUGUGGUACUUGAUGCUUCAAGGUCAGUUGUGCUCUUAAUAACUGUAAACAACGGAGCGACCCACCUUCAACAAACCCAUGUUUCAGAUCUCAUUCAUGGGUCUUCUGAAAACACCGUUAUUUUACCUUCAAAGCUUUCAGGAAUAUUUUCUCUAAGAACAGAUAGUUGCAUAGUUUUUGUUAAAGUGACGGAUGAAGGGAAAUUAAACGUAAUGGAGAAAGUUGAUAAAACGGUGGUUGUUAGUGACGCAUUGGCCCUUUCAGAAGGUGAACAAGCGUUUGCACUUGUUCAACAGGGAGAUAGUAAGAUUGAGCUGUCUGUAAGGCUUGUUCAUGACAUGAGUAGCAAUCACCUCAAGGAAACUGUCAAGAUGGAUCACGAGAGAGGAUUUGUGCACAAAAUUUUCAUCAAUAACUACGUUAGAACAGAUAGAUCUCAUGGUUUUAGAGCAUUGAUUGUAAUGGAAGAUCAUUCAUUACUAUUGCUUCAACAAGGUGAGAUUGUCUGGACUAGAGAUGAUGGACUUGCUUCUGUUAUUGAUGUCACAACAUCAGAACUACCUGUCGAAAAAAUUGGCGUAUCGGUAGCAAAAGUUGAGCACAGCCUUUUUGAGUGGCUUAAGGGUCAUAUGCUGAAGCUAAAAGGAACUUUAAUGCUUGCAACACCAGAUGAAGUAGCAGCUAUACAACAAAUUAGGUUACAGAGUUCUCAAAAGAAUAAGAUGACCCGAGACCAUAACGGUUUCCGUAAACUGCUUAUACUGCUUACAAGAGCUGGCAAGCUUUACGCCUUACAUACAGGAAACGGACGAGUUGUCUGGUCAACCCUACUUCAAUCUCUACGCACCACAUCACAACAACAGUGUGCUGGUCUCAAAUUGCGUCAGUGGCAAGUCCCGCAUCAUCAUGCACUGGAUAACAACCCAUCUGUUCUUGUUGUUGGCAGAUGUGGACUUUCUUUGACCUCUCCUAGUGCACUGUCGAUUGUUGAUGCCUACACUGGAAAAGAGCUUCAAAAUUUGGGUCCUGCAGAACAUUCUACUGUGCAAGUUAUUACGCUACCGUUCAGGGAUUCCACUGAGCAGCAGCUUCAUUUGCUGAUAGAUGCUGAUAAACGCGCUCAUUUAUACCCAACAACUCCUGAAGCUGCUAGCAUCUUUCAACGGGAGUCUGAAAACGUGUAUUGGUACUCUGUUGAAUCUGAAGCUGGUAUCUUGAGGGGGUAUGGGGUGAAAAAAACUCAUUCUAGUGAGUACUCCUUUGAGGCUAGGAACUUAUGGUCCAUUGUGUUUCCAGCAGAAUCAGAGAAAAUAAUCGCAACAGUGACGAGAAAACCAAAUGAGGUGGUUCACACUCAAGCAAAGGUGAUUGCAGAUGAGGAUGUGAUGUAUAAAUACAUAUCGAAAAAUAUGGUGUUUGUUGCUACUGUUUCACCUAAAGCCAGUGGUCCUAUUGGCUCAGCAACUCCAGACGAAUCGGUGCUGGUGGUCUACCUUAUCGAUACUGUGACUGGCCGCAUACUACACCGCAUGACUCAUUUAGGCUCACAGGGUCCCGUGCAUGCAGUUCUUAGUGAAAACUGGGUAGUCUACCAUUACUUCAACUUACGAGCACACAGAUACGAGAUGUCCGUUAUUGAGAUAUAUGACCAGUCCCGUGCGGAAAAUAAAGAUGUUUUGAAGCUUAUUGUUGGAAAGCAUAAUCUGACUACACCCGUCUCAUCUUAUUCCCGGCCCGAGGUUACGACCAAAUCACAAUCUUACUUCUUCACACAUUCGGUGAAAGCAAUAUCAGUAUCUUCAACUGCCAAGGGCAUAACUUCCAAACACCUUCUUAUUGGCACAAUUGGGGAUCAGGUGUUAGCUCUUGACAAGAGGUUUGUUGAUCCAAGAAGGUCCCUUAACCCUACACAAGCUGAGAAAGAGGAGGGUCUUUUACCUCUCACAGAUGCUUUACCGAUUAUUCCACAGUCGUACGUGACGCAUGCAUUCAAAGUAGAAGGUCUAAGAGGCAUAGAAACGAUACCUGCAAAGCUGGAGUCAACAAGCCUUGUGUUUGCAUACGGAGUUGAUCUCUUUUAUACUCGGAUUGCGCCAUCAAAAACAUACGACUCACUUACAGAGGAUUUCAACUACGCAUUGCUUCUACUAACUAUAGUUGCCCUUGUUAUCGCCAUUUUCGUAACCUGGGUUUUGUCUGAGAGGAAAGAUCUGCAAGACAAAUGGAGGUGACCACUUCCUUUUCCUAGUUAAUGUGUUCUUUUUUAAUUUCCUAGUCUAUUUCAUAUGCGUACAAUUUUGACACAUUGUUUACUAGUGUUAAAGAGUGAAAUUUCACACUUUGUAGUUUGUCACGGUGUAAUCACUACAGAAAACAUGCGUAACCGACACUUGUUUCAUUGUGAGACUUGCUAUUUAUUUUCGAUUGGUAGUU